AUGCCAGGUGAUCGUUUCGAGUUUGACGAGAGUGGAGACACCUUCCUAUGCUUCCUGACGGCAUUUUAUACACUGAUUCUUAUCCCUCUAACUUACCUUUGUUGGCCUUCAUUUGAUUUCAAAGAUUCUUAUGAACAAAUUAAACGAAAAUGUAUGUGCCAACCAUGCCAGGUCAAAAGGCAUCACUUGAAGUCAUCUACUCCUUUAAAAAGACUAAAGAAAGUUAUAAUAAAAGCUGCUUUCGUUGCGGGUUGGGGAAUAUUCUUUCUACUUGUCUACAAGCUUACGUUGAUUGAACCUGAUAAUUCUGUAUUUGACCCUUUUUCCGUUCUAGGGAUCAGCAGGGAUGCCUCAGCCAAAGACAUUCGGAGCGCGUACAAGAAGUUAUCUGUGCUGAACCAUCCUGACAAAGGUGGAGAUCCUAAACGUUUCAUACAGAUUUCUAAGGCAUAUACAGCUUUGACUAAUGAAGAAUCACGGAAAAAUUGGGAAGAAUAUGGUAAUCCUGAUGGACCUGGUGCUGCACAUUUUGGAAUAGCAUUACCCAAAUGGAUGGUUCAGAAAGAAAAUUUCUAUCUGGUGAUCGGGGCUUAUGUUCUGUUGUUCAUGAUGAUAUUACCAAUUUCAGUGGGUACUUGGUGGUAUAACACAAUGAGAUUUAGCAAUAACAACGUUCUCUUAGAUACAAUAAGGUACUUUUGUGGAACAUUCAUGCGUUCACCUUAUAUGGCUACGCCUAGGAUAAUUAAAGUUCUGUCGAAUGCGUGUGAGUUCAAUCCAAAUUUUAAUAAAGAAAUAGCCUGUCGACCGAGUGAUAAUAUUGAACUACCUCCAUUAAUCAUGCAGAUACCAUUUUUCACCAUAUUUAAAAAAGCUAUUGUCGGUUCACCGUAUUCAGUGAAAGCUAGGGCAUUGAUUUAUGCACACCUAGAGCGGUUAGAACUCCCGGCUAAAACCUUACAUGUUGAUCGACAGUACAUUAUUAAACAUUCACCUCGGUUGAUUGAUGAAAUGAUCAAUAGUUUGUUAUAUGUAUUGGCUGUAGCAAUGGAUGAAGUUAACUCAAGACAUAAAACUCCGCAACACCUGGCCACUAUUGAAAAUUGUAUGCAUUUUAUACCCAUGCUUGUUCAAGCGCUUACUGACAAUGCCUCUCCACUCCUUCAACUGCCCCAUAUUACACAAACUCAAUUAAGGCAUAUGGCUACUAAACAACGGAAUAUAAAAUCAAUUCGUCAGUUAGUCAGUUUACCAGAAGAUAAGCGUAGAGCACUUUUACGAAGUCUUUCCGAUGAACAGUAUCGUGAUAUUCUAGUUGUUUGUUCGUCAAUGCCUUCUUUGGAUGUAUCUUAUCGAUGUGAAGUUUUGGAUGACGAUGAUCCGAGCAUUUGGCCAUUCAGUAUGGUCACAGUAACUGUCCUGCUUAAACGUACUCCACUUUUAGAUCCGAAUGCAGUGAAUAAUGCCAGUGUCAAUGGGAAUGGCACAUCGUUAUCAGAUAUAGGCUAUUUCGAUGGUGGACAGACAAUGCGAUUAGAUUGGAAUGCUUAUAGUGAUUCAUCUAACUCGAAAUUCUAUCCCAUAGCAGAUGUACACGGUACAGAAUCUACGAAACCAUUGAAUUAUGAUGACUCCCUUGGUGACGAAGACAAAGGAUUUGAAGUCACCAAUCAAGAUAAGACAAAAAAAUCUGGACCACCUGUGUGGGAUAAAAAUAAGCGGAAAAAAGGUAUACGUAAGAAUAAAUCACGCAAACAAGAUAACUCAAAACGUCAUCAACGAAAUUCUCUAUUAGAAGCUGAAAAGUUAACUCAAUUUGAUGUAGCCCCUGAAGAUAUCGAUUCAGAACAAGAAGAUAGUGAUGCUAUUGGUGUAUCUGAAAAAAUACCGAACGAUGUUGGUUUUACUAGUUCAUCAUCUUUUCAACCAGAGCAUUCUAUUAAAGAAAUUAGUAAAUCUGCCCACUCAACUCCUUUUGCUUCUGAUGAUGGGGACUGUGAAUUAUUAAGUCAAACUAAAACAGAAGCACUACCAGCAGAUGGUUCUCUUAAAACAUCUGUCCCACCCUCGGCAAAUACAAAUAAGACAUCGCCAAGUAAACCAUCUUUUAAACCAAUCGGUAAAUCGUCAAGUAUGAUGGAUUCUAAGACUCAUUGUACACAUGUUGUACAUUGUCCAUAUUUCCCAGUGGAGAAAUUCGAAGGUUGGUGGGUGUAUCUUGCUGACAGGAAAACUCGCCAACUUAUUACAAAGCCUAUUUACAUCGCUACAUUACAAAAUGAAGAAGAGUUACAACUUAGAUUUGUGGCACCACCUAUUCCUGGUCAGUAUUUGUACAUCCUGUCAAUACGUUCAGACAGCUAUAUGGAUUGUGAUUUCUCCGAAUCUAUUCGAUUCACCGUUCGUCCAUUACCUGAAAGGAUUGUGCAAAUUCUUAAAGAGCAAGAAGAAGCUGCUUCUGAUGAUGACAGUAGCGAAUCGUCCAGUACUGAUACUGAGGAUAAUGAAACAGAUGAUGAAGUGAUGGACAACGAAGACGAUCCUGAUAUUGAGGUAUUAUCUCCAGAGGAGUGUACCCAAGCCAGUAAGGAUGUAGGAAACAAAACAACGAAAAAUGACACAGAUGUAACAGAACUUUUAGACAACGAAGAAGAGUAUCAUGAUGAAGACAUCGAGGAUUCUACUCAUCUACGCCAACAAUAA